AACGCCGUGACGGUAGUAACAGGAGAGGAAAUAGAGAGAGAAAAAACAAAAAACUAAAAAAAGAUAGUGGUUUAGAGAGAGGAACAGCAGUAUAAUUGAAAUAAAGAGAAAAAGCGAAGAAAGAGAGAAAGUGAGUAAAGGGUAGUUGGGGUACUUUGGAAGGAAGAAGAAGAACAACAACAAGAAGUUUGGGUUUUUUCAGUUGGUGAUGGUGGUGAUUCAAUCCCACUAUGCUAAUUUCAACAACAAUUUGACAAUUUUACCCUUCUCCAUCUCUCAUGCUGUUACUCCCUCUUCUUCCUUUAUUCAACUCUUCAAUUUUUCCGGCGACAACGGCGGCGGCGCAAGUGUUACAGUGUCUUAUCAUGUUGGCUUAGCUUCCUCCUGUGACGGCCACGGCUUGCGCCGCCGUGGCCGCCUCCAUUUUCACUCUUGAAGAUAUUGAUCAUCGAUUAAUUGGAGAUAAUCCAGAUUUGGAAGUUAAUCAGAGAGUAUAAUUAUACAAUUAGGAGUUUAAUUAGUAGUUAUUAAGAUUAAGAUAUGAUUUCGGAACAAAAACAUUUGUUGAGAUCUCUCCGGCGAAGUCAUACUUCUACGCCGUCGUCUUCGUCGUCGUCUUCGCCGUCUCCUUCUUCUUCUUCGUGGAUUCACUUAAGAUCGGUGCUUUUCGUAGUUACUAAUUCGUCUUCUUCUUCUUCCCCAGUUUCUAGUGAUCGGUUAAGUCUAAAAUCUCCUUGGUCUAGGCGGAGGAGAAAACGCGCUCUUCUAUCCAAGCAAUGGAAACAUCUAUUUGGACCCGAUGGUAAAUUGAUCAAUGGUGGAGUGAAGCUUUUGAAGAGAGUGAGAAGCGGAGGUGUAGAUCCCAAUAUCAGAGCAGAAGUUUGGCCCUUUCUUCUUGGAGUUUAUGACUUGAACAGCACGAAGGAGGAAAGAGACUCUGCUAGAAAUCAGAAAAGGAAAGAAUAUGAAAACUUGCGAAAACAAUGUCGUCGAAUUCUAAGACGCAGUGCUGCAAGCUUUAAGGGGAAUGACACUGUUGAAAAUAGCAAUGGUGGUAGUGGUGGGUUUUUCAGCCAAGUUUCGGACACUCCUGAUUCAGAUGACCUAAGCAGUGCAAGAUCUUCAAAUGGUGGGGAUAGCCCUUCGGACUCUGAUGGACCUAUCUGGGAUCCUGAGAUUUUACCCUCUGUCACGUCAUUGGAAGAGGCUGAAAAGAUUGUGUUGACCUGUGAAGAAGGUUCUGGCGCCAGUUCAGAAACAUCUGAUUCUGAGUCUUCUGAAGUUGACAGUGUACCUUUUCUUAGCGCUGAAGAAUUUGAAGGAAACGAUCUGAAUGAAAAUACAAUUUCCUCUCCCUCAAAAACCGGGGGUGGGUUGAAUUUUUGCUCUUCUGAAGAUUUUGCCACAUGGCAGAGGAUUAUCCGUGUUGAUGCUCUUCGAGCGAAUCCUGAGUGGAUCGUAUACAGCCCCUCUCAGGCUGCAGUCUCAGAAGCCAAGGCUAUGCAACAAGCUGAGAAAGUUGGCUUGAAGGAAUAUGAUCACUUAGAACCAUGCAUGAUAUACCAUGCUACUCGUCUCGUUUCUAUACUUGAAGCUUACGCACUUUAUGAUCCUGAGACUGGCUACUGCCAAGGGAUGAGUGAUCUUCUCUCUCCAAUCAUAUCAGUCAUAGAGGAGGAUCAUGAGGCAUUCUGGUGCUUUGUUGGUUUCAUGAAAAAAGCAAGGCACAACUUCCGGCUUGAUGAGGUAGGGAUUAGAAGGCAGCUGGGUCUUAUAUCCAAGAUCAUCAAGUGUAAAGACUCGCAUCUUUAUAGACAUUUAGAGAAGCUUCAAGCAGAAGACUGUUUCUUUUUGUACAGAAUGGUAGUGGUCCUCUUUCGGAGAGAGUUGACUUUUGAGCAGACACUUUGUCUCUGGGAGGUUAUGUGGGCUGAUCAGACUGCAAUUAGGGCCGGGAUCAGCAAGUCAGCAUGGGGGAAAAUGCGGCUGAGAGCCCCUCCCACUGACGAUCUACUUCUCUACGCUGUAGCAGCAUGUGUGCUGCAGAGAAGGAAGCUUAUACUAGAGAAAUACGACAGCAUGGAUGAAAUAAUAAGGGAAUGUAAUAACAUGGCUGGGAAUUUGGAUGUCUGGAAGCUGUUGGAUGAUGCUCAUGACUUGGUGGUGACUUUGCAUGACAAAAUAUAACUACACCCUAAAUUUGGGUUGGGACACUGUUUUCGUUUCUUUUCUUUUUUUUUUCUUUUCCUGAUUAAUUUGUUGUAUUUUACUAUUUUGGUUAUGGGAUCUCCCCUUAACCAAUCUAGACCUAUGUAUCCAUUAGAUGAUGCUUUGGAAAGAAAAGCACUUCAUAACUGAUACACCUCUGUAUGCUCCUUAAGUAUGGAAUAUGUCUAUGUUAUACUGCCCGCGCUCAACUGAGCGAUGGAGGCGGAAUUCCAAAAUCAGUGAAACUGGUAAGCUUUGUAGUCUUUCCACAUUCUUUGA